CUGCGAGCUCCUUCAUUGCGCCACCGCCGGCCAUGCAUGGCUACCUCCCCUCCCCACCACCUUCCCCUGUCCUCUCGCGUCACAUGGCCAGUCCAGUGCACAGCUGACCAUCCAUUCAAUGCUACGCAGCUUUCCAGCAGCUAUAUAACACGCCGGCCGGCUGCAGACAUUGGAGACCCAAGCUUCUUCUUCAGUAAGCUUGUAGCCAGCCAGCCAGCCAUGGGGAGGGGGAACGGAGUGAUGGGGAGCAAAGCUGUGGCGCUCGCGCUGCUGCUCUGCCUGAGCAGCGCGGCGGUGGGCGCGUGGGCGAGGCCCGUCGCGAACAAGGGGAAGCACGCCGCAGACGAGAAGUUCCUGUUGCUGAAGAAGCACUUCGGCAAGGGACUUGGAGGUGGCCUUGGGAAGGGUGGUGGGCUCGGUGGAGGUGGCGGUGGCGGCUACGGUGGUGGAGGAGGGCUCGGUGGCGGUGGCGGCUACGGUGGUGGAGGAGGGCUCGGUGGCGGUGGCGGCUACGGUGGUGGUGGAGGACUAGGUGGUGGCGCUGGCCAUGGUGUCGGUGGAGGUCUUGGUGGUGGGUUUGGCAAAGGCGGCCUUGGCGGUGGUUUUGGUAAAGGUGGAGGUCUUGGCGGAGGCAUCGGUAAAGGUGGUGGUCUUGGUGGUGGAAUAGGCCAUGGCAUCGGCGGUGGAUUCGGUAAAGGCGGAGGUCUUGGCGGCGGCAUCGGCAACGGUGGAGGACUCGGUGGUGGUGCCGGUGGCGGGUAUGGCAAUGGUGGUGGUCUUGGAAAUGGAGGCGGGCUCGGAGGCGGCAUCGGCCAUGGACUCGGUGGUGGCAUUGGAAAGGGUGGGGGUCUCGGUGGCGGCUUUGGCAAAGGUGGUGGACUAGGGGGCGGCUUUGGCGGUGGAGACGGCGGAGGCGGCGGUUUUGGCGGAGGCUUUGGCAAGGGAGGCGGAUUCGGUUUCGGGAUCGGCAAAGGUGGCGGUGGCGGGAUCGGCGGCGGCCACUGAUGUUGCAGUAUGUACGUUUGGCUCAGCUCUGUUCUGCUGAGGGCCGUUGGUCGUCAUAGUAUUCUGUCGAUGUGAGCAGUACGUGUGAUGAAACAUAUUUUUCCCUUGUAGAAUCUCACCACUAGUAUUUUCUUGUGUCUCCUGUUCUCUCAGGGAGACGUAUUCUCGCGCAUGUACGUUGGUGAUGGAACUGAUGGUAAUAUAUGAGCAUCUUGUAUGUCUUGGUCCAUGCCAGUGUAUGUUCCAGUGAUUUUGAAAUAUAAAUUUGGUACAAGUAAAUAAAACUUCAGAAGCUA